AUGCCCCGAGUCACCCGCAAAGAGAAGGAAGCUGGUAAAGCACCAAGACCGAAAGCCAGGAGCUCGGUCCAGAAGCCGAGCUAUGGUGGUUUCAAGACUGGCCCCGCCAGGGCUGGCAAAGAUGCCUACAUGGGCAAAGCAAAGAAGAUGAAAGACGACCUCAUUGAACGCGCCAAAGUCAAGAAACAGUUUGCUAAAGUCCUCAAGAAAGAAGGCAUGGACUCUGAACGGUUAGGCGACGGUACGAGGAGACGGCAAGAACGCGAGCCCCGCGAGGCAGGGUCUGAGAAGAAGGAGUGGAAGGACAAAGGCAAGCCUAGAGAGGGAAAGCCUAGAGAGGGCAAGCCUCGAGAAGGACAAAGUCAAGAGAGGCGCGGACCGCGAGGAGGCAGGGAAGAUGAAGAUAUGGCGCGGAUCCUCGCCCGCGCUGGUCCUUCUAAACCUUCCCCUUCCUCCAAACCAUUCAAAUCCUCCAAACCAUACCCCAACUCGAAGCCAUACACCAAACGCCCCCGAGACUCUUCACCCUCUUCAUCAUUCUCUGCGCCUGCCCCUGCUGCCCCCGCCAAACCCCGGGCUCUCUCCCCCGAACGCCUCGCUCUCCCUGAGCCGCCCAAAGUAGACGGGAAAGAAGCGUCAUUGAGGACAUUGAAGAAGGAAGGGUUCAGCAAGUUCCAUUGGUCGCGGGAUGCGCCCGCUGCUGGUGCUGGUGCGCCGAGAGGCAAGGGGAUGAGGGGUCAGCCGAAUAUGGGCUCGAGGAUGGAUGUGUUGUUGGAGAAGAUUAGGAGGGAUACGACAAAGAAGGCUUGA